CCAGCUGUGGUCACUUGUCGGAGAACCUGCUCUGGAUCCCGUCCAGCCUGGGCAGCCAUGACCUCGGCCACGCCCCCGUCCUCCGAGGGCUCCUCCCCCCAGAGGGUGUGCCACUCCCAGACCACCCAGACCGACCUCAGCAAGCCCCUGCUGGGCCCCCCGGGGCCCCCCGGAGGGCCGGGUGGGGGGGGCCCCGGGGGGGUCAGCGCCCUGAGGAGGAGGCGCAGGGUCCUGUCCAAAGACGGGCGCAGCAACGUGCGCAUCGAGCACGUUAGCGGGCGCGGCGCCCUCUACCUGCGCGACCUCUGGACGACCUUCCUGGACAUGCAGUGGCGGUACAAGUUCUUCCUGUUCUCCGCCACCUUCGCCGGGACCUGGUUCCUGUUCGGGGUGCUCUGGUACCUGGUGGCCCUGGUGCACGGGGACCUGAUCGAGUUCGACCCCCCCUCCAACCACACGCCCUGCGUCAUGGAGGUGAAGACCCUGACGGGGGCCUUCCUCUUCUCGCUGGAGUCCCAGACCACCAUCGGCUACGGCUUCCGCUGCAUCACGGAGGAGUGUCCGGCCGCCAUCGUCCUCCUCAUCGUCCAGCUCGUCAUCACCAUGGUGAUGGAGAUCUUCAUCACCGGCACCUUCCUGGCAAAGGUGGCCCGUCCCAAAAAGAGAGGCGAGACGGUGAAGUUCAGCCAGCACGCCGUGGUGUCCAGCCUGGAGGGCCGGCCCUGCCUCAUGAUCCGCGUGGCCAACAUGCGCAAAAGCCUCCUGCUGGGCUGCCAGGUGACGGGGAAGCUGCUCCAGACCUCCCUGACCAAAGAGGGGGAGACGGUGCGUUUGGACCAGCGGAACGUGCCCUUCCAGGUGGACACGUCCACCGACAGCCCCUUCCUCAUCAUCCCGCUCACCUUCUACCACGUCAUCGACGAGCUCAGCCCCCUCCGGGCCUGGGCCGCCAAAGGUGGGUUAGGGCCAGAGGUGGGUUAG